AUGGUGUUUUCGAGUCAGACCCACGCAGAGCAUUGCAGUGACUAUGCACUCUUCGGAACUGCCUUGGAGAGUCUACGGCCAGUGAGUAGCCACGGAAACUUGGCCGCAACCGAGUUCUACGACAAUCUGGAGUACUUGCAACAGUGCCUCAAUCAGAACUGUGGGUCACCGGCUCAAAGGUUUGUCUCGAUCGGCUCUUUGCGGCCUCAUCAAAAUUCCCCGGAUAUGCUCCCUUUGCACACCAAUCCCCCUACUGGACGACCGACUGAGAUAGGAAUGUCUGGAGACCCCACCAUGUCUGAUAUAAUGGGCCAAGGAAACGUUACUGAUGAAAUGGUGUUCUGGACCGGAGCAUGGAAGAGUUUCUGGCGCGAACUGAUGCGGAUUUGGGACCAUUUGACCCGUCAGGAGUGA